AUGAUGGGAAUUACUGAUAUACUUUGUCAAGCAUUGCAACGAAAAACUCAAGACAUUGUAAACGCUAUGAACCUUGUUUCAAGUACAAAUGCACUCCUUCAAAAUUUGAGAGAAAAUGGGUGGCAUACUUUCUUUCAAAAUGUGGAAUCAUUUUGUAAAGAGCAUGACAUUGUAGUACCUGAUAUGAGUGCUUCUUAUAAGAGAUUCUCUGAAAGAACAGUGGAACUCCUUAUUCUUGGCACAGCUUUGGAUCCUAAAGAUGCUUCUAAUCAUUUAAAGUUGAUGAUAUUUGCGAUCUUGCAGGGAAAUUUUAUCCUAAGGAUUUUCAAGAUGAGAUGCGUGCUUUUAGAAGCCAGUUGGAGCAUUAUAAGAUUGAUAUUGAUUCGUCUCAUAUUGACUCUUCCUGUUUCUACAGCAACAACAAGACGAGCUUUUUCGGCAAUGAAUCGUGUCAAAACUAAACUUCGCAACAAGAUGGCUGAUGAAUUUCUUGUAGAUUGCAUGAUUCUCAACAUUGAAAGAGAACUUGCUGAAGAUAUUGAUAUAGAUUUGGUAGUUAAUGAAUUUCACACUCUUAAAAAUCAGAGGGUUCAUCUUCAAUAA